AGUUUUGCUCUUGUUACCCAGGCUGGAGUGCAAUGGUGCGGUCUCGGCUCACCGCAACCUCCGCCUCCUGGGUUCAGGCAAUUCUCCUGCCUCAGCCUCCUGAGUAGCUGGGAUUACAGGCACGCGCCACCAUGCCCAGCUAAUUUUUUUGUAUUUUUAGUAGAGACGGGGUUUCACCAUGUUGACCAGGAUGGUCUCGAUCUGUUGACCUCGUGAUCCACCCACCUUGGCUUCCCAAAGUGCUGGGAUUACAGGCUUGAGCCACUGAUGUCAGAAACUUUUAAUAUGUCUGUAAGGCUUUUAGUAAAUCAGGAAAAUGAGGCUCAGGGAAAUUACUUCUUCAAGUCACAAAAGUAACUAGCAUAAUAAGAGCUCCCCCUCAGAUGUGGGAUAUUGUAUUCUUGCUACUGCAUUGUGAUAUUUUUAUACCCAUCCAGUUAUGGUGAUCCUUAAAGACUUCAUGAGCUCUGAAACGAACUCUGAAGAAGGAGAUUUUCUCAGGUGAAGAAAGAGCUCAAAACGAAGUAGGGGAAAGCAUUCCCAGAAGAAGGAAUGUUUGUCCCACUGACUCCGAAUAAAGGCUCCUUGAAGCUGAGGUAGAAGACAAGGCUUGAAAAGACAAUGAGGUGAAGAAUCUUGGAUAGGAGAUUCAAAAGUUUGUAGCUCGGAAAAGUGAGGUAAAAAUGUUAAUGCUAAGGAAUGCAUCGAUUUUUCAAAGACAAGGUUUUUCUGGCCCAAGAUUCAAAAUAAAUUUCUUACAUGAAAUUUAAUCAGGGUACAGGGCACACAAGGUCACCAUGAGUGUCAAAGCAAAUCUCAGAGUACUUUUAAUGCAAUAAACAUUUAUGAAACAUCAGGCAUGGUGUUUUGUGCUAAAUAAUUCAAACUUAGAACAAAAUUCAGUGAAGAUAAUAACAGGCUAACUGAAUAUGACUUCAAAGGUCUCCAAAAGGUAGGCUGAUCAUCUGUUCUGUUAACCAUGAUCCUGAGAUAUUUCCUUAGAGAUGAACUUUUCCCUUAUAACCAAAGGUUUACAGUUCAAGAUUAUACACUUCAUUGAACACCCUGGCCCUGUGGUAUUCUUUGCGGUAUACCAAGUGCGGAUUAAUUCGCAGCUCUGAAAAUCAGACAAGCAGCUAUCACCAGUUGUCCAUCACCACAGACAUUCAGCUGGACUAUGAAUAUUGGAAAGAAAAAAAAAAUUGCUCAUGAAAAUAUGUGACGAAUUCCUUUAAAGAGAAACCAGUGAGAAAUAUUGCUUCACCUUAAAGACUAGCUACCCUUUUUUCCCAGACUGUCCUUACAUAAUCUAUUGGCAUGGGGAAAAAGUCAAUGUUUAUAAACUCCUUAAGAAACUUAAAAAUCUGGAAGAGGCAACUACGCAUGUCAACUAAAUAAAGUAAGAUCAUUAACACUAGGAUCAAAUUUGGAAUCCACGUGAGUCUGCAAGGAUCACUGAAAUCUCAGACCUUAUGUACUAUUUAAAAUAUUUCUUUAAGCAGAAAUAGAAAAUCUUAGUCCAUUCUCAAAUUUAAGAAUGGUCCUAUUUAGUCCUAUUUAAAUUUAGUCUUAUUUCAAUUUAAUUUCCUGGUCUUAAGAAAUCUGUGUAUAACUGAUUGAGUUGCCUAGUGGGUGCAAACAUAAAAAUUUGUAUUGGGACUAACUUUAAUAUCAGCUUAAAAUCAGCAGUAUCAUUAAAAACAUUUAAUUUUAAAAAUUAAAACAUUAAAAACACGAUUUUCAAAAGAUACCGAUUUUUUGAAAGUUUAACUUAUUUGCUCCUCCUAUUACCGAGGCAGGUAAAAACGGGCUAAUUGAACAUGUAUUCUAACAAAGGAGAUUGCCGCAACGCCUGCAGAGACCGGCCCAAGCUCAACGCAUUUCUGUUAAGAACGUGUGAUUUUUCUGCGCCACCUUGUGGCCAUAAAACAAUUCGCCAAGUGAAACUUGACCGCUUUUUCCCGCGCCUACCCAGCCUUCCCGAGAGCCGCACUGCGGGCAUCGGCCUCCAGACAAACGUGCAGAACAUGGUGUCUUCCUUUAAUCAGUGAUGGUAAACAGACUUCCCGUUCUUUCUACUUCCUCCUCCGUUUCCUUUAUUUCUUAAUUCCGUUUCCUCGGCCCCCCAACCACUGUCCUCAGACAGGCGUUUCCCAGUGUGAUCUCCUUUUCCAGAUACACCAACCGUCAGCGGCCCUUUUCCCAGCCCGAACCCUCCCGGAUCGCCCUCGCAGCCCUCCCUCCAGGUCCCCGCCGAGCCUGCUUCGCCGCAGCGCGCUCCCGCCACACAGGCCCGCCCCUCCCGCCGGCAGCCAAUGGGGGCGCGGCCUCUCCCCGCCCCGCCCCUCCCGCCAGGUCCCGGGGCGCAGGCGGGUUCCGGGAGUCGGGGACUUUUGAGUUCGCGUCUUCCGUAGGGUUGCGGCGAGACUUCGUCCCAUAUUCCCGUGGCCCGGCCUCGGGGCCAGCCAUGGACUCGCAGGAGUUGAAGACUUUGAUUAAUUACUAUUGUCAAGAGAGGUAUUUCCAUCAUGUGUUACUGGUUGCCAGUGAAGGAAUUAAGAGGUAUGGAAGUGACCCAGUCUUCAGGUUUUAUCAUGCCUAUGGCACAUUAAUGGAAGGUAAAACUCAAGAAGCUCUUCGAGAAUUUGAGGCUAUUAAAAAUAAAGAGGAUGUAUCACUUUGUUCUCUAAUUGCACUGGUAUAUGCCCAUAAAAUGAGUCCUAAUCCAGAUAGAGAAGCUAUUCUGGAAUCAGAUGCCCGAGUGAAGGAGCAACGUAAAGGAGCUGGAGAGAAAGCCUUAUACCAUGCAGGCUUAUUUUUAUGGCACGUUGGUCGCCAUGAUAAAGCGAGAGAAUAUAUUGACAGAAUGAUCAAAAUGUCAGAUGGGAGUAAACAGGGACACAUUUUGAAAGCAUGGCUUGAUAUUACCAGAGGAAAAGAUGCUUACACUAAAAAAGCACUGAAGUAUUUUGAAGAGGGACUCCAAGAUGGGAAUGAUACUUUUGCUCUGCUGGGUAAGGCACAAUGCCUGGAGAUGAGGCAGAAUUAUUUAGGUGCUUUGGAGACUGUGAACCAGAUAAUCGUGAACUUUCCGAGCUUCCUUCCUGCUUUUGUUAAGAAAAUGAAGUUACAACUAGCCUUGCAGGAUUGGGACCAGACAGUUGAGACAGCACAAAGGUUGCUGCUCCAAGAUAGCCAAAAUGUGGAAGCACUGAGAAUGCAGGCACUCUACUAUGUGUGUAGGGAGGGGGAUAUAGAGAAGGCUUCCACUAAGCUAGAAAACCUGGGAAAUGCGUUGGAUGCCAUGGAACCACAGAAUGCUCAACUUUUCUAUAACAUUACCCUCGCCUUCAGCAGAACUUGUGGACGUAGUCAACUCAUUCUUCAAAAAAUUCAAACGUUACUUGAGAGAGCUUUUAGUUUAAACCCUCAGCGGUCAGAAUUUGCUACAGAACUUGGAUACCAAAUGAUUUUACAAGGAACAGUUAAAGAGGCACUGAAGUGGUAUAAGACCGCCAUGACACUUGAUGAGACUAGUGUGCCUGCACUAGUUGGAUUUAUCCAGUGUCAAUUAAUAGAAGGACAAUUACAAGAUGCAGAUCAGCAGCUAGAAUUUUUAAAUGAAAUUCAGCAGUCCAUUGGAAAAUCUGCGGAAUUAAUCUAUUUACGUGCCGUUCUUGCCAUGAAGAAAAAUAAGCGACAAGAAGAAGUUAUUAAUAUUUUAAAUGAUGUCCUGGACACGCAUUUUUCACAGUUAGAAGGUUUACCUCUAGGCAUACAAUACUUUGAAAAGCUAAAUCCUGAUUUCUUGUUAGAAAUUGUUACGGAAUAUCUGAGCUUCUGUCCAAUGCAACCUGCAAGUCCUGGGCAACCUCUUUGUCCACUUCUCAGGCGUUGUGUCUCAGUCCUGGAGAUUGUAGUAAGAACCGUACCAGGUCUUCUGCAAACUGUCUUCCUCAUAGCAAAAGUGAAAUAUUUGUCAGGCGAUAUUGAAGCAGCUUUUAAUAACCUUCAGCAUUGCUUAGAACACAAUCCCUGUUAUGCUGAUGCUCAUCUGCUGCUAGCUCAGGUUUACUUGUCUCAAGAAAAAAUCAAAUUGUGUUCUCAGUCUCUUGAACUUUGUCUGAGCUAUGAUUUUAAGGUGAGAGAAUAUCCUUUAUAUCAUUUGAUAAAAGCUCAGUCACAAAAGAAAAUGGGUGAAAUAGCAGAUGCAAUUAAAACACUGCAUAUGGCAAUGAGUUUACCAGGAGUGAAAAGAAUUGGAGCGUCUGCAAAAUCAAAAGACAGAAAAACCCAAGUUGAUACAAGCCAUUGUUUAUCAAUCUUUCUUGAACUGAUAGAAGUUCACCGCUUAAAUGGAGAGCAGCAUGAGGCAGCAAAAGUUUUACAAGAUGCCAUCCAUGAAUUUUCUGGAACAUCUGAAGAAGUGCGAGUUACCAUUGCUAAUGCAGACCUGGCUCUGGCCCAAGAAGAUACUGAGCGGGCUUUAAGCAUCCUUCGAAAUGUUACAGCCGAACAGCCUUAUUUUAUAGAGGCCAGAGAAAAAAUGGCAGAUAUUUAUCUGAAGCACAGAAAAGAUAAGAUGUUAUAUAUCACUUGUUAUAGAGAAAUUGCUGAAAGAAUGCCCAACCCUCAGUCUUUUCUUCUCCUUGGUGAUGCAUACCUGAAUAUUCUAGAGCCUGAAGAAGCCCUAGUAGCAUAUGAGCAAGCAUUAAAUCAGAACCCAAAGGAUGGAACACUGGCAAGCAAAAUGGGGAAAGCAUUUAUCAAAACUCACAACUACUCAAAGGCGAUCAGUUACUAUGAAGCUGCUCUGAAAAGUGGACAGAAUUAUCUUUGCUAUGACCUGGCUGAGCUCUUACUAAAAUUGAAAUGGUAUGACAAAGCAGAAAAAGUUCUUCAACAAGCUCUGGCUCAUGAACCUGUAAAUGAACUGUCAGCGCUCAUGGAGGAUGGACGUUGUCAAGUUCUUCUAGCAAAAGUUUAUAGUAAAAUGGAAAGACCUGGUGAUGCGAUCACUGCAUUACAACAGGCUCAAGAAUUACAAGCUCGGGUACUAAAACGUGUUCGGAUGGAACAGCCAGAUGCAGUUCCUGCACAGAAACAUUUAGCAGCUGAAAUUUGUGCAGAGAUUGCAAAAUAUUCUGUUGCUCAGCGAGACUAUGAAAAAGCCAUUAAGUUUUAUAGAGAGGCCCUGGUUCAUUGUGAAACAGAUAAUAAGAUUAUGCUAGAACUGGCACAAUUAUACCUGGCACAAGAUGACCCUGAUAGCUGCCUGCGGCAAUGUGCUAUGCUGCUUCAGAGUGACCAGGAUAAUGAAGCUGCCACCGCGAUGAUGGCUGAUCUCAUGUUCAGAAAACAAGACUACGAACAAGCAGUGUUCCGUUUACAGCAGCUUUUAGAACGUAAGCCAGAUAAGUAUAUGACAUUAUCUCGUUUGAUUGAUCUCCUAAGAAGAUGUGGAAAACUUGAGGAUGUCCCAAGAUUUUUCUCCAUGGCUGAGAAAUGUAACUCCAGAAUGAAAUUGGAGCCAGGAUUUCAGUACUGUAAAGGACAGUAUCUUUGGUACACUGGAGAACCAAAUGAUGCCCUUCGACAUUUUAAUAAAGCUCGGAAAGAUAGUGACUGGGGCCAGAAUGCCCUUUACAAUAUGAUAGAAAUCUGUUUGAAUCCGGAUAAUGAAACAAUUGGAGGUGAAGUGUUUGAAAAUCUGGAUGGAGACCUGGGUAAUUCAACUGAGAGGCAAGAAUCUGUCCAGCUGGCAGUGAGAACAGCAGAAAAGCUUCUUAAGGAACUAAAACCUCAGACCAUUCAGGGUCAAGUACAGCUUCGCGUAUUGGAAAACUAUUGCUUAAUGGCCACCAAACAGAAAUCUAAUGUUGAACAAGCAUUAAAUACCUUCACUGAAAUAGCAGCAUCUGAGAAGGAUCAUAUCCCAGCACUCUUGGGAAUGGCAACGGCUUAUAUGAUCUUGAAACAGACUCCACGAGCCAGAAACCAGCUGAAACGUAUUGCAAAAAUGAAUUGGAAUGCUAUUGAUGCUGAAGAGUUUGAAAAGAGUUGGCUGCUACUUGCUGAUAUUUACAUUCAAUCAGCAAAAUACGAUAUGGCAGAAGAACUAUUAAAACGGUGCCUGCGUUAUAAUAGAUCUUGCUGCAAAGCUUAUGAAUAUAUGGGAUACAUUAUGGAAAAAGAGCAAGCAUAUACAGAUGCUGCCUUAAACUAUGAGAUGGCGUGGAAAUAUAGCCAUCAGACAAAUCUGGCUAUAGGAUACAAACUGGCAUUUAAUUACUUAAAAGCAAAAAGAUAUGUGGAUUCCAUUGAUGUAUGUCACCAGAUUCUUAAAGCACAUCCAACUUAUCCAAGAAUCAGAAAGGAUAUACUUGAUAAGGCCCGUGCAUCUUUAAGACCUUGAAAAUAAUUUUAACAUAGGUUGUUGGUUUAACAGAAAAUAAAGGAAAUCUUUCAGUUCUUCCUGUUGAAA